CUGCUUAAGCUUAGCGGUUCCUGUUGGCAUUGGGGAUUAAGUGUGGGUUAUGUUUUCCUCUGACUGUUGCUCUUUAACUCUUUAAGAAUACACAUACACACCGCGCCGCUGCGUCUGCAACUCCCGCCGAUGUUGCCAGCAUCCGCACAGAUAUUUCCUCUAGUCUCCCGGUAUAUUCGGGCCAAACGCCCAUUUAUAACAAACGCAUUCGUCCCCAUGCUAGCAUCGGCGGACGCAGAUGUUUCCUGUCCCAACGUGGAGACCGCGUCAUGUCAACAAUCAGCAUCAUUGUCGUUGUGUGUGGCUGCCGGUAAAAUUAAUAUUUCACCAUUUUAUGGAGGACCUAUCCCACAACUGUAAAUGUCACAGCCGAGAAAUUGGAUCUAGAUAUGGCGCGAGCGUUGAUAUGCGUUGUUGUAUAUUAACGAGCCACCGGGACAUGCAGCCCAUAAGUUCACGUAUAUAUGGUGACUACGGUAAUACCUGUUUUAUAUGGCACUCAUGUUGGAUGAAUCGAAUUACCUGUUGGCAAACUGACACGAGUAAUUCACUUUAUUGGUUUACUUACGAUUAUCUCCACUGGACAUUAGGGUACAAAAACGAUUAAAUACAUGUCACUGUUCAAGUGCUGCAUGGACGUGCUGUCGUUGAUUUCUGCAAGUCCUAAUGAAAAAUUUCGGUAUCCUCUUAUCUGUACAUGCGUCGAUGGAAUGAAACGAUCUUCACAUCCGGUUGCUUCGGUAUCUACACAUCGAAGAUUAUAUGGAGAGAAUUCGAACUCCGAAGAUAGAGAAUGUCCGUGUACUUGAUCGAUUUUACCAUUGGCAAAACCGAAACGCUAUGGAAUCUACGACACCGUCCACUGGUACCCUGUACUUGACGCCGACCCAUCUAAUCUUCGUUAAUCCCGUCGAGAAGCGGGAAACUUGGGUUCUUCUGGGGCAUAUCGGAAGUGUUGAUCGUUUAUCGAUGGCAGUUGGCGGUUCACCCUUACAGAUCCGGUGCAAAACAUUUCUGUCCUUGAUACUAGUCAUUCCCAAAGACAGAGAUUCCCAGGAGCUUUAUGCAGCUCUUUUACGCUUAGCACAACCAGCUACAUAUGAAGAGCUGUACUGUUUUUCAUACAAUCCACCCGAGGAGAGCUUUGACCGAACGUCCGGAUGGAAUAUUUUCGACUUGCAGUCUGAGUAUCAAAGAAUCGGCGUUCCAAACCAGCACUGGGUGUUGUCCAAGAUGAACCAGCAUUAUGAAGUUUGUGAUACCUAUCCACAGUUUCUUUACGUUCCUUCCUCGGCAACGCCAAAAAUUUUGCUAGGCAGCGCCGGAUUUCGUAGUCGGGGUCGACUUCCUGUUUUAUCGUAUUUGUAUCCUAAAACCAACGCUGCCAUUUGUCGCUGUUCACAGCCAUUAUCAGGUUUCAGUGCUCGUUGUGAGGAAGACGAGGAAAUGCUAAACUGCAUACUGCGGUCGACACCGGAGUCGAAAACCGUAUUUAUAAUCGACACUCGACCCCGUAUCAACGCGAUGGCUAAUCGAGCUACAGGAAAAGGUUAUGAGACUGAAGCAAAUUACGUCGGAAUGAAAGUGCAAUUUUUCAGCAUUGAAAACAUCCAUGUCAUGCGCAGCGGGUUGCAGAAGCUGGUUGAAGUUUGUGAUUUGAAAACUGGAUCCGAGGACUUAAGUUUACCUUCGCAUUCUACCUUCUUAAGCGGGUUACAAGCCACCGGCUGGUUAAAACAUAUUCGUUCCAUUUUGGAUGCGUCUUUAUUUAUUGCUGAGAAAAUAACUGAAGGUCAUAGUGUCCUAGUGCAUUGCUCUGAUGGUUGGGAUAGGACUGCUCAGACUUGCUCCCUCGCAUGUUUGUUCUUGGAUCCAUACUAUCGUACGCUACAUGGAUUCAUGGCGCUGAUUGAAAAAGAAUGGUUGGCAUUUGGACAUAAGUUUUCCGAUCGUGCCGGACACCUGCGGCCGGUAUUCGGAAACGGAGGUGUCAGUCCAGCCAUCACACCGAGUAGUGCCGUCAACAUGGUUAUUGAUACAUCAAGGGAGCAGAGCCCGGUGUUUGCGCAGUUCCUGGAUUGUGUUUGGCAAUUGCUCUGUCAGAAGCCCUACGCAUUUCAGUUCAACGAACGCUUCCUGUUGGUGCUACAUGAUCAUCUGUAUAGCUGUCAGUUUGGGACAUUCAUUGGGAAUAAUGAGAAGGAGCGGCGAGAUUUGAAGCUGUCCGAGCGAACCUACUCGUUAUGGGGCUACAUGAAGCGGCAUUUGAACGAGUACUUGAACCCUUUAUACGAUCCGGAACGAUGCCGAUUAACUCCAUUAUUAUUUCCUGACAUUUCAGCUCAGCAGCUGAGAUUGUGGGUGACCCUCUAUAGCCGCUUCGAAGAGGGUGUCCAUCCACGUGAGCCGCUCUUGGAUACGGUAACAUCGCUGAUUGAUCACUCGAGUGCCCUGGAGGAUCAUGCGUUGUACCUCGAACGUCGAAUAGCAUUAUUAAAGGAAAUGCUGGCAAAUCCUCCUCAUCAUCGACGUAAUCCCCUCGUGACGGUGACAGCCAACGGAGCGGGAAUGUCGUCGCCACACGGUAGUCUGAGCAGCAUCAGUAUGGGCUCUUCCAUGAAUUGGGAUGACUAUCCGAACGCUUCUGUGAUAAUUAAAUCCGUAGCACUUGACUGGAAGCCCAUACGCUAUGUCAGAUAUUGUGUUUGCUCAACACCUUUCUCGCAGUUUACAGUCAAGUACCAUUGUUGGAAGUGCGGUGAUGUGGUAUGUCGUCGUUGCACGGAUACUCACGCUCCUUUAAUAGGCCUUUAUUCAAACAAACCCGUGCCGGUAUGCCAGCUGUGCUACGAAAGAUCGCGCGUUUCUCCCAUCAAAGAAAAAAAUGCCACCUUUGCGGAGAAAUCUGACAAACUACAAAAGAGCCAAAAAACCGAGAAGGUUCCUUAAGACUGCCAUUUCGUAUAAGUUCGAGUUGUUCUGCCCAAUUUGAUUGUGAUUUGAUUUUGGUCUGCUCCCUUUGUUACAAAACGAUAUUUUAUAUAUAUCCACCAAUGGUUAUACUUUUUUAAAAUCAAAUUGUUUUCUAUUAAUUUAUUAUUUCUGUCUAAUCCCGGUGACUGGUUGUCUGCAAAGUGCAGUUACUCGUUUUAUUAGUUAUCCAUGUCAAUGUGGAAGUAGCCAGAGCCUGCACGGGAUGGUGUGCAAUUAACCCAAGUAAAGCAUUUCGGUCUACCUGGCAUUUGGCUCUAUACUGCA